CGGUCGAUGCCACCAGAUGCCGUCGUGGCGCCAGUGUCGGCAGAAAAUAAGCUCGCCCAAAGGUACCCUCGACUGCAGUAGCCCGGCAUCCGUCGGCGCCGCGGCCAGGGUUUCGGAAAAGCACAAAAGCGGUGUGCUUUUAUUACGUCCGUUCGUUCGCGAGCUCGCGAGCAUUGCGUCGGUACGAGAUCCGACGCGUCGAUCUCUUAUUUAAUCAAACGACGAAUAUCACUUUUGAGAAAGAUAAAUAAGUAUAUAUAUAUAUAUAUAUAUAUAUAUAUAUACAUUGAUAGAGAAAGGAUAGAGAUAUAUAGAUGGAAGGGUGAGACCACGAAGAAGGAUAGAGGAUAAAGAAAGUCCGUUUGACAUGAGGAUUGUCUCGAGGAAGUAACCCCCUUGUUAAUUAAUCAAACGGUUAAUUAAUCGAAGCGAGACAUAGACGGACAAAUGCUCACCGUGGAUAGUAGUAUCGCGUAGUGAAGAGAGGAGAAGCCGGGUGGACGAGAGAAAGAGGGUUGGACGCGCGAGGGCAGCCCAGGAGGGAGAAAGAGAAAGAGAGAAGGAGAGAGAGAGAGAGAGAGAGAGAGAGAGAGAGAGAGAGAGAGAAGGAAGAGAAAGAAAGAGAGAAAAAGAGAACACAGGAUGCGGGGGCACAGGAAGAGGGCGCCAAGCCCCGUCGAUUUCUCUUCUUCUUCUUCUUCAUAGGGGAAAUAAGAAAGAAAACGAUCCCGUCCAAACGCAGAUCUUCUGCUUCGCCUCUUCGACGUCUUGUGUAACGGCGGAGCUGAAUACAACGAGUCGAGGACGACGAGGAAGAAAAGGAGUCUCCUUACCGAAACGAGCACUGCCGUUUGUUCUCCGACAUGGCGGACGAAAAGGAGAAGCAGACGUUCCUGCAGAAAUUGCUGUUCUACACGACCGCGUUCUUCAUCCUCCUCAGCACCUUCAGCCUCUUCGCCUUCCUCUUCUUGGUCCCCUUCGUCAUCGACCCCGCCUUCACCACCAUCUUCAUGCAGUUCGACACUCGGCCCGCCGAGUGUGUCACCAUCGACGUUGAGUCCAGGAGAGGUACGAGCAACUGCUCAUGGACAUCCUGUAGAGAGGGUUGCACCAAGGAGUUGUAUGAUUGCACGCAAAUACGCGUCAACUACAAGCUACCAAUUAAUACAUCCUCCGAGGAUGAGGCUGGACCAGUUGAGGGAGGCAGAGCGGUAGGAGGUGUCGAGGACGACGAAGAAAGUAUGAGGUUAAAGAAACCGCGUUAUGAGCGGGCCCUCAGAGACUACGAUUACAUCGAAGAUCUCGACGACGAAGAUUUCGCCGAGGAUGACGAUGCAGGACUGCCGAAACCCUUCCCUACAGGUCUCAUGGGCAACGACUCCGAGUGGUACUUCACUGGGGCCAAGCUGUUCCCGAACGUAAAAGGCUGUGGAUACCCUCCAGUGCUGAAUUGCAGUAUUUUCUACCAGCAGUAUGCCAACAUAGGGCAUAACUUUAGCUGUUACUACUCCAAAGUGGAUCCCGGAAUAGUCAUCAGCGAACUCGACAUGUGGCAGGUGUAUAUGAACCUGGUGUACGCGAUGGCAAUUCCGAUACCGUCUUUCAUAAUCUCGGUGAUAUACCUCACCAUCGCCUACUUCAAGAUCUACAACGAAGACGAGGAGGCCCUCGUUGGCGGGGAGGAAGGAGAGGAGGGCGCCGAGGGCGAUGGAAGCAACGGUACGCCUCUGCCGCCCACGAGCGGUGCCCUUACGCCUGGAAGCGAAGCUUUUAGGGAGGACCUGGCGAGUUUCGGUCAUCAGCUCAAGGUCGCGAUGGCUGAUGACAUCAGUAGGGAGAGCCUCGAUGGCAUACCCAACUCGAUCUCGGUUCAGGGCAACUUGAGCAAAACGAUGACGACGAGUAUCUCAACUCCCCCUGGGCCGACGGCAGCAGUCUGAAGCGUCAUUUCCACGGUAUGAACAACAUCUCGUGGAGACCGCACUAAAAGCCACCUUCUCUCGUAUCUGUCGAAAGGAAGUACGUAUAUGAAGGAAGAGAAAGAAAGAGAAAUAGAAAUAAAGAGAAAGAGAUAGAGAGAACGAGAGAAAGAUGAACAAGUUUCGAUGAUGCUUUGGUGUUAUAUUUGAAACGUUGCUAACCGUGAAGAGCCAAAAUUCUUUUGCCGAUUCGAACACAGCUUCGCGCGUCGUCCUUUUUAUGGAGUGAACCAGAGGUAAAUAGGAGAUGGAAAAUAAAAAGGAAAGAGGGAGAGUGAGAGAAAGAGAGAGAGAGAGAGAGAGAGAAGGAGGGAGAGGGAGUGUAGAAGAUAAAGAAUAAAAGAGAGGGAAUGUGAACGACACGGCCGUCCCUCCACACCUCGAAUAUAAUAAUAUAUAUUCUAUACACAUAUAUUAUAUAUAGAAAUACGUAAUUGAUUUUUUCGCUUCGUCGUGUACUUACAUGCCGAUAGGUCGAUGACGAUAAGAAAGAAUGAAAGGUUAAAGAAUACGAGAAAGAAUUUAAAAAAAAAAAAAAAUAUAGUCGACCAUCGGUGUUUCGCGCAAAAACGCGCGGAAUAAGAUUAACCCAAAGAUUAUAAAUCUCUGCCCGUAUGUGCAAUGCAGCAAUUGAUCCUCCUUAAAAAAAAAAAAAAUAAAAAAUAAAAAAAAAUGAAAAAAAAACGAAAAAAAAGGAAAAAAAAAGGUUUACGCUAACUUUAUCGACAGAGAUAAACGAUAUUUUGUGACACAGACAUUUUUCUACUCGAUGAUCGCCAGGAAAUGUAAAUCGCCGCUUCCCUUCCUCUUGCCUCGCUCCAAUCUUUUGCGUGAAACGGUGAAAAUACAAAGAAAAAAGAGAAAAAAAGGAAAACGAAAGAAAAUAACGCUAAUAAUAAUAAUAAUAAUAAUAAUAAUAAUAAUAAUAAUAAUAAUAUUAAUAAUAUUAAUAAUAAUAAUAAAACGUGGGAAGAAUAGAACGAUUCUCGAAACGACGUAAAUUCGUCCGAGCGAUUUUUAUCGUCAUCGUCGUUCUCGUAUUUAUCAUUUGCUUUUUUCUGUUUUCUUUUAAUAUAUGAGUAUAUAUAUUUCCGCGGCAUUUUGCUAAAACGAAUGGUCGCGCACGCGAGCUUUUUAAUGAUGAUUUUAUAUUUGCUUCCAUUUCCUUUUUUUUUUUUAGAGGGAUCGACGAGGAAGUAUCCGGUGUUGUUCGAUAAGUAUAAAAUGUGCAUAAUGAGGUCGUGAUCGUGAAUUGAUCGAUAAAAUUUGCCAAAGAACUGAAGAAAAAAAACGAAAAAUUCGAUUCGAAAACACAUUCUUUAUUAAUCGAUUCGAUUUUUCGAGUUUUGAAGAAGAAAAAAAAGAAGAAGAAAAUAAGAAAGAAUAAUUUUUAACGCGCCGGAUCUCGCGUUAAGGUCCUCAUCAUCAUCUUGUGCCGUUCCUUUCGAAUCUGUCCUACGUGCUCGACCAACUUUUCUCGAUUAAUUAGAUAAUCGAACUCUCUCGGCUUACUAGCAUGUCGGCCGAUAAUUAUUAAAACUUAUAAAAAUAAACGAGUAUACAAAGAGAUUCCCUCUGGUUCACUCGACCACACUGAACGGGUAUAUCUGAGGUAAUAAUAAUAAUAAUAAUAAUAAUAAUAAUAAUAAUAAUAUAAAUAAUAAUAGUAAUAAUAAAAUAAUAAUUAUAAAAAAGCGAAGAUAAAUCCGUUUAAACAAAUAAAGAAGGAAAGCAAAGAAAAAGAAGAAAAGAAUGAAAAGGAGCGGGCAAAAAAAAAGGAAAAUGGUUUCGAUUUGCAAACGCGUUUUAUUCGUAAAUAAUCUUUCAAAGUCACGUUAUUUACGAGCUACGAGUAAAAAAUGAAUGAGAGAAUAGAAAGAAAUAUAAAAGGAAAAAAAAACGAAACGAAAAUAGAAAGGGAGAAAGAUGUCAGUUGAUAAGUAUUUAAAUAUCGUUAAAGUUACAAAAUAUUAACUAAGUAAUUCGCUUGCUGUGUGAUCAUAAACGCAUCCAAUCACUGUGCAUUUUAGUAGAGACACACGAUCGACACACUUUUAUCGAAUUACCUGCGAAAGAAUUUGCUCUCGCGUCUUUCUACACACACAUACAUACAUAUUAUAUAGACAUAUACAUACACACACAGAAAAAUACGAUUACGCGUAUGAAAAAUUAAACAGACACACACAAACACACAUCCACACAAGUUUACACGUACCUUUCUUAAGGCGAAAAAUGAUUAUGCCCGGGGUUAUUACUUUGUAAUAACGUGCCCGAAUUUUCACACUUUUCACUGCGAACGAAGUUCGCGAUCUGUGUACAUUUUCUGGGAAAGAAGAAAGAAAUACAGUGAAAUCAAUUCAAAGAAAUCGUUUAGAGGGAAAAGAAGAAAAGAAAAAAGAAGAAAAACGUUCUUAUUUUCCAAGAGAUUAUAAAAAGAAAGACAAAAAAAAUAAAUUUAUUAAGACCGAUCUUUUAUCUGAACUCAUAAGAAAAGUUGGUAAAAAAAAAAAAAAGAAAACCUUAAAAUAUAUCUUCAUAACCAUCAUCGUUGUUUAUUUAAAGAACAAAACAACAAAAAAUAUAAUAAGAAUAAAAAGAAGAAGAUGAAGAAGAAAAAGAAAAAAAAAAAAGAAAUCUAAAGACUAUGCUCGUAACUGCUGCGUUCAUUCUCGUAUACCGUAUGUAGAUUCGAAAAACUCUUAGAGGUACCUGUAUUCGUGCGGUGAGAAGUAAAAAAACUAAAGGAAAAAAGAAAAAA